AUGAAUGAUCGAGACGAUUUUGCUGAAUUAGUUGCUAGUGCACGAAAUGUGACUAAAUGUCCAUCAUUUUAUUUUCAUGGUCGUAUUCGUUAUGGAACAAAAGGUGAAAAAGUUGAAGAAAGAUUUUUGUGUAUGGAUGCUGUUCGUGUAUAUAUUUGUUCAGUAAAAAUUCCUGUCAAAAUUGAAUCACAAUUUAAUAUUCUAUCAAUUAAAGCAAUAGAAAAAUCAAGUGAUUCACAUGUUAUUAUUGAAACAGAUACCAAACAGAUUCAUGCAUUAUAUGGUCUUCAUGAUAAAGCAUCAUUACAACCAUUUCUUAUUGUACUUAUUCGAACUAUACGUGCUGUUUUUCCACAUAGAUUACAAGCAAUUGUGGAUAUUCGUCCAGAGAAUGAAUAUGAUAGAUUAUUACGUUUAUCAAAUGAAUAUUUUGAAGAUAAAUCAAGUGAUAUUAAUGUAUGUGGAGGUUUUUCUAUUCGUUAUGAAUGUGCUUGUGAUUUUUAUCAAAGUCAAUAUUAUCGAUCAGUACCAAGCCUUGUUGAUACAGUAUUUGCUCAUCGUUUAUCACGUGAAUUUACAUUUCAUGAAUUUGAAUCACUUACACAAAAAGAUUGGUUACCAAUUAUUGGUGCAUUACGUCAUAAUGAAUGGUUUAGAAAAUUAACAGUUGAAAAUAUAAAAUUGUCAUCGGAAAGUGUUGAUGAACUUUGUAUUGUCUUUCGUCUAAAUAAAACAAUCAAAGAUCUACGUCUAGUUAAUUGUAGUCUUAGACAGGAUUUCUGUACACGAUUUGUUAAUUAUCUAGCAAUAACUUCUAUUGAAAAUUUUGAUUUAUCUAAUAAUACAAUUGAAGAUAAAGGUUUAAAUGCUCUAAGUACAGCAUUACAACAACGUAAAUGUCCAAUACGAUCUUUUAAUCUUCAAUCAUGUUCAGUAACACAUAAAAGUUUAUAUAAUUUUAAUACAGCAUUGAUUAAUAAUAAUUUUAUAAUAAAAAAUCUUAAAAUUCUUAAUCUAUCUGGAAAUCGUAUUAAAGAAGAAAAUUGUAUUACACUUCUAUUCUCUAAUAAUGAAAAUGUAUUAGAAGAAUUACAUUUAAGUGAUAUUGAAUUUAGUCUCGAAUCGUUUUUUCAUUCAUUAGCAACAUUACCAUGUAAACUUCAUCGUUUAUAUAUAUCUUCAAUAAAAUCUUCUACACCAUCAUCAAUAUCAGGUGGUGUAAAAUUAUUUUUUACAAAAACUCAAUCAUUAGAAAUUUUACAAUUAACAAAUGCUAAUUUAUCAAUUGAUUUUCUAAGAGAAUUAUGUGAUGGUCUUCAUUCUAAUAUAUAUUUAAAAAAUCUUAAUCUAUGUCUUUCGGGAAAUCAACUUGAAGCAUUUAUUCGAGAUUAUGCACCUCGUUUUGCAGCUAUUCCUUGUUUAAAUGUACUUGAUGUUAGUGGAUGUGAUUUGGAUAGUGAAGUUGUAACAUUAUUAAUUGAAUUAAAAAAGAAUCAAAAAUUAAAUUCACUUCAUAUCGGUAGAAAUCUUAAUAAUAUAAAAGCAAAAAAUCUGCCAAGAAUAGUUAAUGCAAUGAAAGAUUUUGUUUUUGAUUGUAAACUUGAAUAUUUAUCAAUUGCUGAUUCAAAAUUAAGAGAAAAUACAGCUGAAGUUCUUCUAUCAUUAAUUAAUAAUAUAUCAAUAAAAACUCUUGAUAUUCGAGGAAAUUUAAUGAGUGAUGCUGGUGUACGUGUAUUUACUCAAGUUAUACAAAUGAAUCGUCAUUUACGUACAAUAUUCUUCGAUCGAAAUGUUCUUUCAUUGAAUAAUUUUGAAGAUAUUGUUAAUGCUAUGGAAGAGAAUUAUGUUAUUCAAUAUUUACCGGUACCAAUAACUGAUAUCAUACUAAUGAAAACAUCAGAAAAAGAUCGUAUGGAAAAAUUACAAUUCUUAAUGACUAAACUUGAUUCUCUAUGUAUAAGAAAUCAAGAACAAAAUCAAAAUAUAUCUUCAAGUGAUUCUUUAAAUGUAACAAUAACAGCAAAUUUAGCACGUGAAAUAGCAUAUUCAUGGGAAUGUCAACAACAAUUAUUUGGUGAUCAAUUAUCACUUGAAUAUAUUCAAUCAUGUUCAAAUCGAUCAAAUAAUAAAAAUGAUGAAAUAAAAACAAUGCUAACACGACCAGCACAUAUCAAUGAAGUUUCAUCUAAAUUACAUGAUUUAUAUUUAACUGAAGAAGAACAUUUAAAAGAUGAAUGGAAUGAUAUAUGUAAAUUAUUUGAACAAAAAUUAAUUAAAACACAGGAAAAUUUAUCAAAAAAAUAUUAUCAAUUAUUUAAAGAACAAUCAUUAAUUAAUUAUGAUGAUAAAUUUCAAGAAGAAAUUCGAACAUAUUUUUCAAAUACAAAUAAUAAUAUUAAUCAAUUAUUAAAUAAAGAAAUAUCUGCUAGAAUCACUGCAUAUACACGUGAAUGUUAUAUUAAUGUAGCAACAUGUUUACAAAGAAGAGCUUAUGAUACAAUGAAUGAAAUAGCAUUUGAUAUGCAUAAACAAUUGGAAUCGACUAUACUUCGUACAGCAACUCCUUCAACACAAAUGUCAACAGCAGAUGGACAACAACAUUCAUCAUCAUCUACUAUCGAUCGUCUUGUUAAUCGUGGUGCUCAAGUUGUUCAUCGUCUUGCUCAUAAACAUCCUCAUCCACAACCAGAAUUAAAUGAUGAAAUAACAAAUAAUCGACUAUUAAAAAAUGCUGAUUCAAAUGAAUGUGUUACAAAUCCUUCACCAAAAACUCCUAGAUCAUCAUCGAAAGAUAAUCGUUUAUUAACAUCUUCAUCAAAUAAACCUCCGGCUCCACCAUCACCAAAAUCAUCAUCAACUGCAGAACGACAUCGAUCACUUUUACUUAAUACAGAUGAACAAGAAUCUAUUUCACCAGAUCCUAGUCCAGUUUAUAAGAAUUUUCCUAUUCUAAAUCGAACAAGAAAACAAGAAAUUCCAUUAGAAGAUGAAGCUGAUCGUAUUGAACAUGAUUUACUUGAUUUAGUUGAAGAAGAACGACGAAAAGAUCAACAAAGAAAUACACCACCUAUGGUACCUCCAAAAAAAAGACUUACACUACCAGCACAAGACAAUCAUCUUGAUAUUGAACUUGAACCAACAACAAAAUUAGUUCAUCUAGGUAAAGAUCGACCUCGCCGUGGAAAUGUACGACGACCAGUAAAACGAUCAACAGAUGGUGUUUCACAUGAUAGUUCAUCUGAUGGUGGUCUUGAUAAUGAUGAUAAUAGUAUUGAAGAUAUACCAUCAACAUCAACAACUGAAACAUUAAUUCAAUCAAAUAUAAAUCCUCCUAAUAUACCAAAUGUUGAUCCACCAACAACAGAAUUACCACCGAAAACAUUAACAAAAAUUAAAUCAGGAUUAAAAAGUUCAAAAACACCAACCGAUGAAGCACUUCCACCACCUGUUCCUGUUAAAACUCAACAAACACGUUCUUCAGCUCCUCAACAACAAAACAGUACACCAUUAUUAACAACAAAUAUUACAUCAAAAUCAACACCAGUAAUUAAUAAUGAUACAUCACAAAUUAUGAAUUCUGAUUCAAUAUGUGAUCCAAAUCAAAUCAAACCUACAAUGUCACUGAGUUCACAAACAGUAUUAUCAAAUAAAGAUGAUCAAAAAGAAACAUAUAAUUCAUUAGAAAAUAUAUCACCACAAGCACCGCCUGUAUCAGCUCGAACAGGUAGAGCAGCAAUUGGUACUCGUGUACUUCCAGUACUUGAUCCGAGUGGAGAAGUAUCACCAGUUAAAUUAAGACAUUUUCAAUCAGAGAAAAAAGAAAGUUCAACAGGAUUUGAUGGUGCAUCUGGUGCUGGAGAUUCAUCAGCAUCGGCUGAUAAUGAAAAGUACAAACGUUUAUCAGUAAAAGAACGAGCACGUAUGUUAACUACACCUAAUACUUCAAUGGCAUCAAGCGAUAAAAAGACAACUACAACAACACCACCAACUAACACAACAGUAACAUCACCUUAUACACCACGUACUCAUCGACGAUUAAUUGAACAAGUGAAUCUAUUUUGUUGA